AUGGAUAGUUACCGUUUAGAUGUCAAGAGUGGAAUAAGACAAUUAAAAUUAAAACUUCUAAACUACGAAGCUAUACUCCAAAAGUUAGCAGAAAUGAGAAGACUUUACCAGAGCUACUUACAUGUAAGGGACUUACCUUCAAGCAGUCCGACCAAAGAUGAAUUUGUUGACAUUGUCCCAAUUUUGUCCGAAAGUCAGCUCAGAUGUUUUGAACUGCUCCCAACAUAUCCAGAAUAUGAACGUUUGCCUGAACUCUUCCGCAAUCUCAAAAAACGUUUUUUGGUUCUCAUGUUCGAAACUUUUAUCGGAAGAGACAACAAACGUUCAGAAGAAGAACAAGAUAUUAUUUUAAACUUGUUGUAUGACUUAACCGUCAUAACAAGCUUUUUGAAGUAA